UGAGCGCUUCCGUCGGCGGGGCUGGCUGCAUGGUACAGGGCUAAUUUAGCCCUGGCUCGUACACUAAAAGGAACCCAGUUGUUGUAACAGAGUGCCAUAUAUUCAGGAAAUUAUUCACCGGAAAGGGAGACCCAUUUGAUCCUCAGUGGCCCUUCAUUUGUGCAUCAAUGAGUGAAGAAGCAGUGCCCAGCAGGCUCCCUGUCAGUGAGCCGGUGGAGAGGGAUCAGGGAGAAAACACCGAAGAGAAUCUCAAAACUGACAAUACCUCUGAAGAACUGCCAGCCCCCUCAGAUGGCCCUAAAGAUGCAACCGGGGAAUGCUUAGACGCAGCUGGUAGCACCCCAGCAGAGACUAAAGAUGAGGUUAAGGCUGCUGGGGAGCCUCCAAUGGACUGGUUUGAGCCACUUGAGGAUGAUGAUGAUGACGACGAUAAUGUCAACAGCCCAGGCAGAAAUUAUCCAGAUGAAGAAAGCCUGAUAGGAGAGACUGAGAGUGUUGCAGGCAGCGAGAGAACCUCAAGAAGAGUAAAUGUAACACAAGGGUAUCGGCGCAAGCGCGCACAUCCUGAUGAAGGAUGGAUUGAUUGGCCGUCGCUUGGGCAAGGUUGGAAGCGAAAAGAGGUUGUUCGACGCUCAGGUUCCAGCAUUGGCCAGGUUGAUGUGUAUUAUUUAAGUCCACGGGGCGAUCGAGUGAGAAGCAGAGUAGAAUUAACUACAGUCCUCCAUGGAACAGACUUGACAAACUUUGAAUAUAAGACUGGCAAGUUCUACGAUGGGGAAGUCCCACCACCGAGAAGUCGAGGCAGGAUAAAGAAAAAGUUUCGGGAACGGUCCUCCUCAGAGUCCAGUUGGAUGGAGAGAGGAGAUGGGGCUGAGACUCCUGACUCCCAUCACAGGCUCACACCAAGUUUCAUUCACAAAAACAUCACGAGCAACCAGAAGAGUGUCUACCUGAACAGCUUCACAGCAGAUUUUAAACAAAGCCCCAGCUCUGAGGAAAAACUACCGGAGGAGAAAAUUAGGCUUCCUUUUCCCUCGUCAUCUCGGCCUCUCUCCUUACCUUCAAUAAAAGGAGAAUUUGGAUCAGAGGAGAGCACUCUGCUCUGUGCAAAGUGUGGCAUCUCCUUUACAGGUACAUGGUAUGACAAACAAAGAAAGAGGCCCUGCUGUCCCACCUGCUGGGCAACAUCAAAGUCAAUACAGCACCCACUGAUCCGCUUCAGGAAGUGGAUUCCCUGUGGUCAGUGUGUGGGGUGUCACAACAGCAUCGACUGUGGCCAAUGUGCUAACUGCAAGCAUGGACUGCAAAGUCCCGACGCUAGAAAACGCCUGUGUCGGAAGCGUAGAUGCAUAUGUCCCAUACGCAAGAAUGUCCCAGGAAGCACUGGGGUCACCUACAAGAGGCCUUUUGGUGACACUGUAGAUACAUACGAAGACAGCAACGAUGUUACAGAGUCACAGCAUCCAAGUCUUAAAAGCAGCGACACAGAGAACUUCUCCGUCAACGUGGACCUUGAUGAUGACGACAUGUCAACAGACGAUGAUGAGGAUUGGCACAAGAAGCGGAAGCGGCGUUCCUGUGGCGAGUGUAAGGCCUGUCUGUGCAGGAAAGACUGCGGUGUGUGUGAUUUCUGUAUAGACAAACCCAAAUUUGGAGGCAGCAACAAGAAAAGACAGAAGUGUCGUCUACGGCAGUGUCAGAGGCAGGCGAUGAGACAUUUGCUGCCCUUCCAGAUGGGAGCAGGUGAGUAUGGACCAGAUGGCCCAUGGAUGCCUGGCAGGCCCAGACCCCACUACACAUACAGCCGGAAGACCGGCCUGAAGAGAAACUCAGAUCAGCCGGCGGACAUGGACUUCACCGACUAUGACGAUGAUGAUGACAGCAACUCGCAGCCGCCAAACUGGGGAUUGGAGCAUUCCAGACAGAUCCAACAGUCAUUGGAUGCCGAUGUCAGGAAUUACCAGUCUAUGCAGUCAAAUCAUUCCGAUUUUGGGGUAAAGAACGGAGUGGCAGAUCGAUUCCCUCACAUCAGCAAUCAUAACUACUCCCAACCAGACCAUCACAGCCAGUGGGACACAGAGAAAUCCUUAAGAGGUGUUUCAAAUCACUUGGAAGAAGAGGAGGAGGAGGAGGAGGAGUUACCCAUGAUUACACAGAUCUACAGUUUGGCCGAGAAUCCAGCUGAAAAGGGUAUAGACCUAGAAAACCAGCUGAUGAAAUUACUCCACUCCUUGCGCUCCUCCGUACUGCCGAUCCUCUGGUACGCUAUAGUCGCAGAGGGCCCGCAGUUGCAGCUCAUCCAGUGUUCGAAGCAGUCCACCAUGGCAGACACUAUAGUGUUAAUCAACCCUGGCUUCUACUAUCAGGUCACUGUUCAAAAACAGCCGCUGCUACCCACCCACCCGCUGUAUGACACACACCCGUCACGGUUAAGUACUGCAACUGAUGUGGUCAGCCUGCUGUUGUCUCUGGAGAGGUAUGUCGUGUGUCAAGGACUUCCUCCGAAAGAAUCGGUUUUGAACAAAGGGCUGAUCAUACUAGAGCGGGCAGCAACGUGUGAUUUCUUGGUCAAGAAGAAUGAGAGAAUUUGUUCAAGCUGCAAAGCGCUACAAGGACCUCAAACUCAGCACACAGACUGAAAAUCAGUCACCCAAUUGAAGCAGGGACUUUUUCUUUUGCAGUUGUGACAUUUUCCUCUGUUCUUUCUUUUGUUAAGGCAAUGGAGAUAUUGUAUAUAGUAAAAAAACUUUUGACAGACUUACCUCUGGACUGUGAUAUUAUGUUUUCAAUAUAUGAAAAUCACCAAAGGAAUUCCACGAGCUGUAAGAAUAUACCUUCCCCCCCCCCAACAUUUUCAUCACACUGGUAUAGUUGAUCUAAAUAACUGUCUAGCUUCCUUUUUUUCCUCCAUUGUGCGGUGUCCUUUAAUUUUCCAUGGUGCAUCUGUCUUUUACUUGAAAAAUGCCCCCUUUAAUAUUAUUUCGUAUUUGAAUAUUAGAUUAUCUAAGUUUGUUUAAGAACUUGGAAUAAAGUAAUGCUAUUGGCAGUUGUCAUCUCUGGCAACUCGGGGCUCCAUGGUGUUGCUUUGCCAUUGGAGCAGCAGUUGGAUUCUGUUUGGGAGAAGAACUUGUCUGCAAUUUGUGAUUGUUGUAAUAUGUGAUUGUUAUGGGUUUAAAUGAUUAUUUCUUUCUAUGGCUCCUGGUCAGUUCGGCCUUUCACCAGUUCCCACCCACCCUUCAAAAUUAUGCUAUGAACUACUUCUAUUUUCUACCAAUGCUCUAAAGUUGCAAUCCUUUUUUUUAUUUUUAUUUUAUGGAUAAAUUAUAAUGAGAAUAUGAUUACCUUAGGUAGAUAUUAUUUACAAGAGCUAUAAAGUUCAAUAUAGUUCACAAAAACUUCUUUCAGUCUUGUCACAAAGACUCUUAAUUUAGCCAUCUUUGGUACGAAAUGUUUUAUAGGCAGCGACCAAAACCACAAAUGAGCUUUUUUUUUCAUGUGGCAAUUAUUAUUUCCAAUUCUUUUUUUUUUGUUAAACUGUUGACAUGAUCUGUUGUUUUGAGUCUUCAAUACCCAAUUGUUUGAUGUAUGCAGUGAAAUGGACAAAAUACAAAGUAAUUUUAAACAUCAGAAGAAGAAAAAAAUCACUGUUAAACUUCAGCCAAUGAGAAUGUGUGAUAAUAGUAGCAGUAUAGCAAUGAAUGAGCUGCUCCUGAAAGAUAACAAGACACUACCUCUCCAAGUUAAUAUCUCAUCAGGUUUCUCUUCCUGACACAAACACAAGUGGGAACUCGAAGCACGACGAAGCUACUUUACUCUACCGUUAACUUUUCAAUCGUGUUUCAAUUAAAAAGUGAACGGUUCAUUUGCAGCAAUGCUCGUGAAGCACUCCAGAACCACUAGUAGGUUCUUUUUUUUUUUUUCUUUUUAUGAAAAAUUCCACAAUGAGGUCAUUUCCAGAUGUUUUUGCACAAAGGAUGGCAUAAGUUGAGGACAUUGGUAUAGAAUCAUUCUGAGGGCCUAAGCUAAAUUGAAUUCACCAGUCAUGGGACUAUUAGAAAUUUAUAUAUAGAAUUUGAAGCCAUCUGAUAUUUAUAUAUUUUUUUGUUUAAAUUUGUCAUUUUUUCCUGCUCCUUUCCCCUUGCCUUUUUUGUUAAAUAACUUUCUAACAAUGUGAAAUUAUGCAUUAUCAACAUGUUUUGUUUCUUUUCUUUUCUUCCCUUAUGUGUGUGCAUUUAAUGCGACCAAAUUCUGUUGCAAUUUAGUUUUUUCAUUAAAGUAUAUUUAAAAAUUUAGAUCAAAGGCUUUUGAAUGAGCCCCCCUACCAAAAAAAAAAAAAAAAAAGGCUGUCCAGAAAACCAGUUUUUUGUUUUCCUCUUUAUGUAUUUGACAUGAUACUGGUGAACUUUUUGGGUUAAUUUUGGGUUAAUUGUAUUUUGAUCACACAAAACAGUCCACUGUUGUUAAUAAAAGAAUGAAA